AGCGGGCAUCGGCGAGCUUUUGAACAGCGAGGCGACGUGGAUGAAGCUGAGCUCGCGAGUGGGCAUGUGCUGUCUGACUUUCUGAAUCGUGUCGCACUCACACAGGCACCAUGGCAGAGGUCGGCGGAUUCCUCGGCUCCAUCGACCUGGAUUUACCGAGUUUCACAGCGCUCGGGAGCACGCCUCUGUCCGACUCGCCGGCCGGGUUGAACGAGCGCCUCGGGCUGAUCGAGGGCAGACUGCGGCGCGGCUCUCUCACGGACUUCGAUCACCUCAAAGGGAUCCUGCGCAGGAGGCAGCUGUACUGCAGGACCGGCUUCCAGCUGGAGAUCUUCCCCAACGGCACAGUGCACGGCACCAGACAGGAUCACAGCAGAUUCGGUAUCCUGGAGUUCAUUAGCCUGGCUGUGGGGCUGGUCAGCAUAAGAGGGGUGGAUGCCGGACUUUAUCUGGGAAUGAAUGAAAAAGGAGAACUCUAUGGGUCGAAAAAGCUGACGGCAGAGUGCGUCUUCCGUGAGCAGUUUGAAGAGAACUGGUACAACACAUAUGCGUCUACGCUGUACAAACACGCGGACAGCGGGAGGUACUACUACGUGGCCUUGAACAAGGACGGUUCGCCUCGAGAAGGCGGCAGGACUAAAAAGCACCAGAAGUUGACUCACUUCCUGCCCAGGCCGGUGGAGAUCGAGAAGAUCGCCCAGGCGUACAGGGAUUUGUUCCAGCACAGGUGACCAGAAGUCCGGCCAGCUCUGGAGGAGCGGGGAGGGCUGAAGGGGAAUCUGAGAGGAAUUUAAGGUUUACGGAGACCCUUCCUUUUCUUCCCUCACGACUGUUUAG